UUCACUGUAGACCCGAACAAGGUGCUCCCUGUCGCAGCAACCAAGAAAGCACCGAGGAAGGGAAAGAGAGAGAGAGAGAGAGAGAGAAGAGAGAGAAAAAAACAUUCAGUUAAAAACCACGAUCGCUCGUCUCAGACCUGACUUUACAAAAGGGAAAUUUACAGAUUAAUUUGAGGUGUCAAUGCAAAGGAUGAAAAUCCGACCUCAUCAAAGGAUGAAUUUAAUAUGUUAAAAUCUCGAGGGUUUUUAAAAAUACAACCGUUGGCAAUUUGAAGACAUCAGGAAGAAUUGUUUGUGCACAAACCUUGUUGAUCUUCUGCAAGAUUGUGGGGGUUUUCUUGUUGUUAAAACGCUAUGUCUGGGCGGACCAGAGCUGAGGAACCCAGGCUGCACUGGAAAAUGCCCCACACCUCUGGGGAAGAAGGUGCGAGGCAGAUUAAUAGGACAGCAGGCAAUGAUGGGACUAGUACCUGCUCCAGACUUUACCUUGCCUUUAUAUUAAUAUUACUCACGCUGACACCGCGAGUGGAGUCUUCCUGGUGGUACAUUGGUGCUCUGGGAGCCCGUGUGAUCUGUGACAACAUCCCAGGGCUGGUCAACAAACAGCGGCAGCUGUGUCAGAAGCACCCAGAUAUCAUGCAGUCAAUUGGAGAAGGAGCCAAGGAGUGGAUCCGCGAAUGCCAGCACCAAUUCCGACACCAUAGAUGGAACUGUAGCACCCUGGCCAGGGACCACACUGUAUUUGGCAAAGUAAUGUUGCGUAGUAGCCGAGAGGCUGCUUUUGUCUAUGCGAUUUCCUCCGCUGGGGUUGUGUACGCUAUCACACGAGCUUGCAGCCAGGGAGACCUGAACAGCUGCAGUUGUGACCCGCGCAAGAGGGGCAAAGCCCGGGACCCGAGAGGGGAGUUCGACUGGGGAGGCUGCAGUGACAACAUCAACUAUGGAAUCAAGUUCUCCAAAGCCUUUGUGGAUGCCAAGGAGAAGAAGGAGAAGGAUGCCAGAGCACUGAUGAACCUCCACAACAACCGAUGUGGCAGAACAGCUGUGAAAAGGUUCAUGAAGCUGGAGUGUAAAUGCCACGGUGUCAGCGGAUCAUGUACGUUAAGGACUUGUUGGUUAGCAAUGUCGGACUUUAGAAAGACCGGAGAUUACCUGCGGAAAAAAUACAACCUGGCGAUUCAGGUCACCAUGAACCAGGAUGGAACUGGUUUCACUGUCACCAACAAACAUUCAGACAGGUUGAUCAAAAAUGAGUUGGUGUACUUCGAAAACUCACCCGAUUAUUGCGUCCUGGACAAGGCAGCAGGGUCUUUGGGCACAGCGGGAAGAGUGUGCAACAAGUCCUCGAGGGAUACGGAUGGGUGCGAAGUGAUGUGCUGCGGACGGGGCUAUGACACCACUCGAGUCGUGCGAGUCACGAAGUGCGAGUGCAAGUUCCACUGGUGCUGUGCCGUGAAGUGCAAAGAGUGCCAAGAGACAGUCGACUUUCACACCUGCAAAGCGCCUAAACGUGCAGACUGGCUUGACCAGACAUGAUUUCAGCCAGCAGAGCCGCCUUUCAUAUGGGAUAUGCGCGUGAAGGCGCGUGGCAUUUUGGGGAGUUGUAGUUUAGCUGCAUGGCUUUUCUCUUUAAUUAAUACCCUGUGAAGCACUAAAAGAAUGGACUACACCUCCCAGGGGACCAUGGUGAACCGCUGGACAUGUUCAGUAAAUCAUCGCAUAUUCCUUAUCAGUAGGGGGAAUUGCAAUAUAAAGCGUAAAUCCUGAACCUUAUCGUUCUGCAAUGUUAAUUAUUUUUUUUUCCCGAAUGGGACAGUGCAACUGCCCAUUAAACAAGAGACUCUGUAAGGUGAAGCACAACCACGGCUUCUGUAGUUGUGAAGUGAUGAGGAUCUCCCUGUAACACCAGCUGCAUGCGACUAAUUUCUCCCAUCUGGUCAUUUUUUUUUUGUUUUUUUUUAAAUUGGUACGUCAAUGCCUUAUUAAUAAGUGGGAAAAGGCUGCUGACCGCUCCUAACGAUCAUUCAGAAGGAUGUGAAGCUGCGAUUCUGCACGAGAAAGAAGGGCCUGCACUUUCUGAAGGCAGUUGUAUAACUCUGUAUUAACAAGACAACCUGCACUAUGAACAUUAGCUCCAAGAGGAUAGCAGAGAGAGAGAGAGAGAAAGGGAGACAACGCGAGUGAGAGUGAUAGAGGGACUUGCCUGGUUAUAACUAAUCUAUCCGUUGAUUCGCGUCCAUAUAAGCCUUCAAACUGUAACAGGAAGUCUGUGAAGACAUUAAGAAUGAGGCUCUGGUUCGCUGCUGCUGAUUUCAAUAGUGCAACUCACCUGAACUUUAUAUGGUUUAAGAAUGUUUUUUAAAAUAUUGUAAUAAUUCUUACACUACUAUCAGUAUGUUAAUAUAAAAGCAAAAUACUGCGGAUGGUGGAAAUCUGAAAUAAAAACAGAAAAUGCUUUAAAAA